CACUUCAUGGAUGAAUUUUAUUUCGAGUCUUAUUUAGUUUUCUGAUUUAUUGAUGUAUAGGGAUGCACUUGAUGAACUGGCUGGCUAUUUUGGUGAAUUAGAACUCCAGAGAGAAAUGAACAUCCAUCUGUGGAUUACGGAACAAUUGGACCACAAGAUUCGGACGAUAGUAAGUGGGCAGAUCCUGGAGGGGAUAGUAUGAAGGAGGCUGGUAGGGGUGGAUCAGAGGGGAGGGGGAAAGGAGGUACUGAGAGUGAGGAAGAGAAGAAGGAAAGCGAAAGUGCUAGAAAAAGAAGUGAUUUAAGUGUAGAUUUAGAAGCUCAGAAUGUUGAAGAAGAGAAAUAAAGCUAAAUGCAUGAUUGAAAAAGAAAAGAAUGAAAAUGAUGAUUACAUCAUAAAACUUCAAGAGAAAUUCGGAAAAUCAAAAAAUAACAAUAAUUUAGAAGAAGAGAAAAGUUCUUCAGUUGUGAAGCUGAAUCCUUUGAAGAUUGAAAAAUAUGAAGAAAAUAUGGAAGAAUGCUUUUCUUUGACUUGGAUAGGCUUUGAUGAUGAUUUUGAUACUCUGUGAGAUCUUAUUCAAUCAUGAAUUUCACAUCAUUCAAAUCGUAUAGUAUUUAAGAAAUGUAAAAUUCCAUUAAUAUCCGAAGAAAAUGUUGAGGACAAAAAGUUUGAAACUCCAGAGGGUAAAUUGAGGCCGCUCUACGGAGUGUCUUUUGAAGAAUGUUUAUUUAAAAAAUGAGAUGUAUAUGAUAAGGCUGACCAAAUCGGACUCCUCCUCAACUGUGAAGGCCUUCCUUCCCGAUCACCAAGUGGCGACCCUCAACAAGUCGGAGGAGGGAUCUCCAGCAUCACUUUCAAGAACAACGGAUUCUCAGAAGUAGAAAUGGCCAAGCUCAAAGUGUACUUGUGUUAUGCAGAGAACCUAAUGAUUUAUGAAGAAAACUAAA